AAUUUUUUCCAGUUCCUGCCAGAAUGUCAUCAGGAAAGGCUCAUAUUGGUAAGCCAGCCCCUGACUUCCAGGCCACAGCUGUAAUGCCUGAUGGACAAUUCAAAGAAAUCAAGCUCUCAGACUACAAAGGCAAAUACAUUGUGCUGUUCUUUUAUCCACUUGACUUCACCUUUGUUUGUCCAACUGAGAUAAUUGCAUUCAGUGACAGAUCUGAAGAGUUUCGAAAAAUCAACUGUGAAGUAAUUGGAGCUUCUGUUGACUCCCACUUCUGCCACCUUGCCUGGAUCAACACUCCUAAGAAGCAAGGUGGCCUAGGUAGUAUGCACAUUCCCUUGGUAUCUGACAAAAACUGUGAGAUUGCUAAAAGCUACGGAAUACUAAAAGAAGAUGAAGGCAUUUCUUACAGGGGUCUUUUUAUCAUUGAUGAUAAAGGAACUUUACGCCAAAUCACAAUUAAUGAUCUCCCAGUUGGCCGUUCAGUUGAUGAAACACUCCGACUAGUUCAGGCUUUUCAGUUUACAGACAAACAUGGAGAAGUGUGUCCUGCUGGCUGGCAACCUGGGAGUGACACAAUCAAGCCUGAUGUUGAGAAGAGUAAAGAAUACUUCUCCAAGCACAAAUAAAUGUGUUUCAUUUAUGUGUUUAGUACAAGGAAACCAUUAUGUAAUUUGUGUUAAAGCAUAAGCCUGCCAUUCUUUUUCUAUCACUGUUGGCUCCAAGUCUAUGAACACAGCCCUGGGGACAUGCCAACACACAUCUCACUGAAGAACCUGUUGAAGGAGUGGUUUCCUCCUGCAAUGCUCUUGUUACUGGAUAUCUGUCCAUUAGGCUGGAUGCCAUAUUCAAGGCAGUUGUUCACAGCAGGCAUUGCCCAUCUGGAUACCAGCCUGACCCACAUGGAUAGAGAUACAAAUGACUGGCAAGCUUGCUAUUCUUAUUUAAAGAGUAACCCUAUUGUGCGAGCUAAGAUAUUUGCAGCUACAUUUCAUAAGUCAUUUAUUUCACUUACAGCCUAACAAAGUACCAUGACUCUGGAGUAAAUAGAUUAUGAAGUGAAACUUAUUGGCAGAAAAAUUAACUGGCAGCAGCUAUUAAGCAUUGGGGAAAUUAUACUUCCUUAUUUAUCUGUACUGGGAUAGAGAUUUUUUUCGUUUCUUGUGCUCACAUGGGUAAUUGAAGACCCCAAUGGUUUUUGUAGUAUUUUGUAUUGUCAUUAAACUUGUGGGGAAAAUGGAA